AUGGGUUAUCAUAAUUCAAGAUCUGUAAGAUUCCCGGAUGAUGUUGAAUUAGCAAAGCUACCUACAACCAAUGGAGGUGGUGUUGUUAAGUUGAAGUACAAGAUUGAUGGUUCACAAGUACCAGAGUCUUGUGAGAAGGAGGUGCCUGGGAGGACUGGAAAGUCCUUAAAAGCUAAAGUACUGUCCAGAGUCUUUUCUGAGGACUAUGAGAGAGUGCAGAAGAAGAUAUUAGAUCCUCGAGGACAUACUAUUCGACGAUGGAACAAGAUUUUCUUAGUAACUUGUUUAGUUUCUUUGUUUGUGGACCCUCUAUUCUUUUACUUGCCAGCGGUCAGAGAUGAAUUGUGCAUUGAUAUUGGAAAACCACUUGAAGUCAUUCUUACAAUUGUUCGAUCAGUGGCUGAUGUAUUUUAUAUAAUUCAAAUUUUUAUUAGAUUUCGUAAAGCUUAUAUUGCACCUUCCUCUCGUGUAUUUGGGAGAGGAGAGCUUGUAAUAGAACCUUCAAAGAUCUCAUUGAGGUACCUACGCUUGGAUUUCUGGAUAGACCUCAUUGCUGCCCUGCCCCUUCCUCAGGUGUUGAUUUGGUUCGUAAUCCCCAGACUUGGGGGUUCAACAAUGACAAACACAAAAAACGUCCUUCGGUUCAUCAUAAUCUUUCAGUACAUACCAAGGCUCUUUCUUAUAUUUCCACUCUCAUCACAAAUAGUCAAGGCCACUGGUGUUGUGACAGAGACAGCAUGGGCAGGGGCUGCAUACAAUCUGAUGCUAUACAUGUUGGCAAGUCAUGUUUUAGGAGCUUGCUGGUACCUUCUUUCAAUUGAGCGGCAAGAAGCAUGCUGGAGAAGUGUGUGUGAUCUUGAGGAGACGUUUUGCGAAUAUGAUUACUUUGAUUGUCACCGGAGUAGAGACCCUAAAAGGAAUUCCUGGUUCCAGUCAAGUAAUGUCACAAAUCUAUGUAAUCCAGAUAAAAGCUCUUAUCAGUUUGGUAUGUAUGGCGAUGCUGUAACAUACGAUGUUACAACCUCAUCGUUCUUCAACAGAUACUUUUAUUGCCUCUGGUGGGGUCUACGAAAUCUCAGUUCCUUAGGACAAAAUCUUUCAACAAGCACUUACGUUGGAGAAAUAAUGUUUGCCAUAAUUAUUGCGACUCUUGGGCUGGUUCUCUUCGCUUUGCUGAUUGGAAAUAUGCAAACAUACUUGCAAUCGACUACUGUCAGACUAGAAGAGUGGAGGAUUAAGAGAACUGAUACAGAAGAAUGGAUGAGUCAUAGGCAGUUGCCACCGGAAUUGAGAAUCUCUGUGCGGAAGUAUGAUCAAUAUAAAUGGUUGGCUACUAGAGGAGUUGAUGAGGAAACUCUUCUUAAAGGCCUACCUAUGGAUCUUCGAAGAGACAUCAAGCGUCACCUUUGCCUUGACCUUGUUCGUCGGGUUCCUUUGUUUGAUCAAAUGGAUGAAAGGAUGCUAGAUGCAAUAUGUGAGAGGCUUAAACCAGCCCUGUGUACCGAAGGCACAUACCUAGUGCGUGAAGGAGACCCAGUCAAUGAAAUGCUCUUCAUAAUUCGAGGCCACCUUGAUUCGUACACCACGAAUGGUGGCCGCACUGGAUUCUUCAACUCAUGCCAUAUUGGCCCGGGUGACUUCUGCGGGGAGGAACUGCUGACAUGGGCCUUGGACCCUCGUCCAAGUGUCAUCCUGCCAUCUUCAACGCGCUCUGUCAAAUCCAUUUCUGAAGUAGAAGCAUUUGCUCUAGUAGCCGAGGACUUGAAAUUUGUAGCAUCCCAAUUCAGAAGACUUCACAGCAAGCAACUUAGACACAAGUUCCGGUUCUAUUCACACCAAUGGAGAUUAUGGGCUGCAUGUUUCAUACAGGCAGCAUGGCGCCGCUGUAAGAAACGAAGGGAAGCAGCUGAACUCAAGGCUAAAGAAAACUACACAGCCGCUGAGCCUGCAAAACCUCCACCUGUGUCCAGCUUGGUUACUUAUGCUGCAAGGCUGGCCGCAAGCACUAGGAGAGGUGCCAAUAAGCAUUCUGGGUCAGAUUCUGGGGUUGUAAGCUCAUUGCAGAAGCCAGCGGAACCUGAUUUUUCUGUUGAUGAGGAAUGA